AUGAAUAUGCUUUCGGCGCUCUUGAAAACACCAAGCCACAACGCUGCUCCUCGUCCUUCACCACAACACGCGUCAACCUUCCAAGAAUCCGACGAAAGCUCUCCGGAGCCCGAAUCCUCACGCGAAACUCUUGAAUGUCCAUAUAUCCACGAGGCCGUAGAUCUCAAGCCUGUCAAUUCCGAAGGUCCGGACCUGCGCGAGCUGAACAACAGCCUUGCUGCUCUCGCUGCCAUAUUCCCAGAUGUGCAAGUCGAGGUCUUUCGUGAGAUGCUCUCGAGCUUCGACGAGGAGUCCAGAUUAGCCGUCGUGACUGAGGCUCUUCUGAAGUCCAAGAUGAAGUGGGUGCGAGGCCGGUACAGGGUUGCCGCUAGAAAAGGAGUUCCGCAAGGCGACCAAGACAAAGCUGCUCCAACUAUCUCACAAGUUGCUGUGCGAGCAGAAGAGAAGUUCAGAAGCCCGGAAUACAAGAAGGCUGUGAAGGCUACCACUUACCGCGAAUUCAAAGGUCUCUCUCGCUCCACGAUCAAUGCCGUCCUGGCCGAACAUAACUACUCAUACUCGCUCGCUCGACCAACCCUUGUUGCCCUGUCCUCGAAAUCAUGGCGGUUUUCCCUGUCUUCACUAUUCUUACGCAGAAAAUCUCCGUCGUCUCAGGAGAUCGAGCAUCACCCUCUUGUCAUUUGGCAAUCCUCAGGACAGGGAUCUAUAAUCCCUACAUUGAAAGCUACAGGAUCCCCCGAGCUGGACAAGGAACUCUUCGACUCACUUAUAGGGCCAAUCCAAUACCGAACACUGGCUGAUCAGGAGGCGAAGGACCAUGCAUUAGCCGUGAAACUUAAUAAUAGUGAGGCGGAAGCAAACGAAGCACUACAUGAUUGCGAAUGUUGCUUCACAGCUUACAGUUUUGAAGAACUUUCGGCAUGUGAUAUUGGUGGCCACUUCCUAUGCUUCCAGUGCGUGAGACAUGCGGUCAAUGAGGCAGUCUUUGGGCAGGGAUGGCAACGAAGCAUCAAUGUUGACAAUGGUACCCUGAGGUGUCUAGCAGCCAUGUCUGAUGAUUGUCAAGGGUGCAUACCGCACGAUCUUAUUAGACGGGCAUUCGCCGAGGACAAGGCAGGAAAAGACAUCCUCCGCAAACUCGACGAACGUCUGGCAGAAGACAACCUUCUGAAAAUUCAACUCCCACUCAUCCGGUGUCCUUUUUGCAGCUACGCAGAAAUUGACGAGAUCUACCUCCCGGAGACUCAUAGGUCUUGGCGUUUAAAACGGGCGGGGCCUCCUUUCAUCUAUACCCUUUCAAUUUUGGUCUUGAGCGUUGGCACGAUACCCUUCCUUUUACCGGUGUUUUUGCUAUUUUCCUUCCUUUUCAUCCUGGUAUCCUCGCAACAGACUUUCGGCGACUAUGCCGUUGGUCUUCUUAAUGCCUCAGUUCUACGGCUUCGUCGAAAACGACAUGGUUUAAAAUUCGUCUGCCAGAACCCAGAAUGUGGACGUCCAUCCUGCAUCUCGUGCUCUAAAGGAUGGAGUGAUAUCCACAUCUGUCACGAAUCCUCCCUUAUCGCUCUACGGACACAAGUCGAGCUAGCAAUGUCCCUGGCCAUCAAACGGACUUGCCCUCGAUGCAAUACAUCUUUCGUUAAGUCAUCUGGCUGUAACAAACUCACUUGUGUUUGUGGAUAUCAAAUGUGCUACGUAUGUCGUAAAGACAUUGGAAAUGGAGAAGGCUACAGGCAUUUCUGUGAACACUUCCGCCCUAACGGCGGAGGAGGCUGUAUGGAAUGCUCUAAGUGUGAUCUGUAUCGAUGCGAGGAUGAUGAGGUUGUGGUCAAGAAAGCAAAAGAAGAGGCAGAGCGCCAAUGGGUGGAAAAAGAAGGUACUGAUCUGGGUGAUGACGAUAAAGUCAGAAAGGUACUGGAGGACAAAUGGAAAAAAGAUGGUGAGGCUUCUUGGUGGGAGAGUAGAUGGUGGCAGUGGAAUAUGCCGAAUUGGCAGAACAUGUUGGAUGCUGUAGUUGAGGCUGUUGUUGAAUGA